CAUCGCCCCAUCAGUUGUGCUUUGAAUGUAGAAUAGGUAGGCCGCACUCACGGCCGCACACACACACACGUACGCUAGGCGAUAUGUUUAUGCAGCUGGUCACCGUAGUCGGAGUGUACGCCACACUCUGCUGGCUGUACGAGAAUCUCCGGACACCGGUGCUGCUUCUGGUGCAAGGCUUCCAACAGCUGUUCCUGGGUGGACAAACAUCGUUGCCACAAAAGUACGGCCCCUGGGCUGUAAUUACGGGCGGUUCGGAUGGAAUAGGCAAAGGCUACGCACACUACCUAGCCAGCCAAGGCAUGAAGGUGUUGCUUAUCGCUCGCAACGAAGCAAAGUUGAAGCGCGUGGCCGACGAAAUUAUGGCCAAGCAUCAGGGCGCGGAGGUCAAAGUGUUGGUAGCAGAUUUCUCCAAAGGCGAACAAAUCUAUGAACGGCUUGAGCAUGAGCUGGCCGCGUUCGAUAUCGGUAUCUUAGUGAACAAUGUGGGCGUUAUCAACGAAAAGCCCAUCCAGGUGGACCGGAUGGAGAAGCGUAUGCUGUGGGAUCUAAUCAACAUCAACUGCGGGGCGGCCACCAACCUGUGCAACAUUGCAGUUCCAGCGAUGAAAAGGCGGCACCGUGGGCUUAUCAUAAACAUUUCCUCCCUGGCGUCGGUCGCCCCCACGCCUUAUCUGGCCAUUUAUGCAGCGACCAAGGCUUACAUGACAAGCUUUUCCCUGGCCCUGCGGCAAGAGGUGGCUCCGUACGGCAUCGAAUGCCAAACCGUUGCCCCGGGAUACGUGCACACGAGCAUGACCGAGUACCUAAAUCCAACCGACGGUCAGAAAAACGCAUUCUCAAUACGGCUCGUCAAGGUGGCCGAUAUGAUACGGUAUGCCGGGUACUGUAUAGGGAAAGUGGACCAAACCACCGGCCACUGGUCACAUGGUAUACAGACCGCCACACUCAACAUGUUGCCCGCUUCGCUAAAACUUCGCGUAUUCACCAGACUCUACACACAGCUGCUGCACGAAUACUCCAACACGGACAAAAAAACUACGUGAUCUUUUAAUGGACACUAAAACGGAGCCACCAACACCAAUCCUACACCAACCGAAACCCAUGCAAACGAACCAAACUUAAGUAUUGAGGCAUUUGAACGCUUACCUUAUCGCAGCUUCUUCGCGGGCUUUCGGAGCUUUAAAGUGACUCCGAUUCGUUUUAAUCCAUGUGUCGUUAGUUCGCAUGCGAAUUUUCCAUUUAUUUAAAAAUAUAUAACACGAAUUAUAUCCAA